GUCCAUUGAUUGCAAGAGUAGUGGACGUGGAUGUCACUUGUCUCCUCCACCUUCUUCCCUCCCAUCACAAGCAAGCCCCUCCCUCCAUAACUCCACUUUCUACAGAGAGCCCAUUAAAAAGCAACCCUCACUCCAUAACUCCACUGCCGAGAGAGAGAGAGAGAGAGAGAGAGAGAGAGAGAGAGAGAGAGAGAAUGGGGUUACUGUGGGAUUGGUUUGGAAGAGCUGGGCCUUCGGGCUUUGGCUCGUCGUCCACGGCCGAACAAGUAACGGACGGCUUAGAUGCUACCAACCUCACAGCCAUAGUCACGGGUGGAACGAGUGGACUCGGAAAGGAAACAGCCAGAGUGUUAGCCAAAAGGGGAGCAAAGGUAAUAAUCCCAGCGAGAAGCAUGGAGGGUGGUUUGCAAGUGAAAGAAAACCUGCUGAAAGAGAACCCGGAUGCCGAGGUCGAGAUUAUGGAGAUGGACCUCAGCUCCUUAAGAUCGGUCACGUCUUUUGCUCGCUCCUUCAAAUCCUCAAACAAACACCUGAACAUCCUCAUAAACAAUGCAGGGAUAAUGGCAUGCCCAUUCCAGCUAUCUGUAGACGGAGUUGAGUUGCAGUUUGCCACCAAUCACCUUGGUCAUUUCUUACUAACUAAUCUGCUACUGGACAAGCUAAAAGCCACUGCCAAAGAAACGGGAAUAGAGGGUAGAAUAGUCAACGUUUCAUCUCUCGCUCACAGAUAUCGCAACGGUUUCGGGAUCGGAUUCGAGAACUUCAGCAACCUAUCCAAGCAUGGACAACGUUGGGCCACCAUGAUGAAUGGCAUGGAACUGGCACAUGGAUACCAUGCUGGUACGUGGGCCUGCAAAUACAAACCAUUUGAUGCCUACUCUCGAUCUAAGCUAGCCAACGUAUUGCAUGCAAAUGAGCUAUCUAGGCGUCUGCAGGAAGAAGGGAGUAAUGUUACAGCCAAUUCUCUACACCCUGGGAUAGUUCCCACCAAUAUAAGUCGGUAUUCAGUUCUCAAGGCCUUUCCAUUGUGUUGGCUGAAGCCUUUUCUACAGACAGAAUCCCAGGGUGCGGCCACAACUUGCUAUGUUGCGCUCCAUCCAAAUGUAAGAGGUAUCACAGGAAAAUAUUAUGCGAACUGCAACGAAUCGCUUCCUUCUGAACAAGCAAGAGAUAGUGAGUUGGGAAAGAGAUUAUGGGAGUUCAGCGAAAAGCUUGUUAAGCAACUCCAUGGACCCACAUGACACCUCUCAGAUCCGGCCCUACAUUAUGUCGCAAAUGCUUCAAAUAGCAAUUAUGUCGCUUUCAAGUUGGACUCAAGAGAGGUGAAAGCAAUUUUAGGGAAACUUCUGAAUGCGAAGAAUUGAUAGUUUUUUCUUCUUUCUUUUCUUAUGGGUUUCUCUAUUCUUUUAUCUUACCAUGUUAUGAUGAUUUCGUUUGUCUGCAAUUAGUUGCAAGAAAGACAAUGUUAUUAGCCGUUCUCCAUUAAAAUUUCACUGCAACUGUUAUGUUCUA